AAAAUUUAUUAUUUUUUUCUUCUUUUUUCUAAGCGCGAAUAAAAGAGCAAAAGACAAGGAAUUAAAGCAAAAUUGAUUGAGGUCAAGAGUUUGGUGGGAUGGAUUCAAAUUGAUUGGAGGCAAAUUUCCUUUCCUUCUUUUUUCUUCACUCUUACUCUUUGUUAUUGGCGAAAAAUAAAAAUCAGCAACACAGAAACUAAAGUUUUAUAUUAUAUAAAUUAAAAUGACCACUACUUCGUUCGUUCGCCCCAGCACCAGACCCGACGAGAUUCACGCGUUGCUUACAGGAGUGGAGCGGUACAAUCCGCAAAAGGCCGGACAGCUUGAGGAUUACCUCCUGCGCCAAUGCGCCAACCCGGACCACACGACCAACCACGACCUUAUGGCCAACUUGGCACUUCUCAAGAUGUACCAGUUCAACCCUGACUUGGUUGACCUGGACGUCAUCCGGCGCAUCCUCGCCAAGGCGUUGAUUUCAGCCAACAGCGGAGACUUCAACCUUUGCCUCUACCUGCUUUCGGAGGAAAUCUGCAAAGACCAGUCGAUCAGCAAGCUGCUCAGCCUUCGGGACUACCUGGAGCGGGCGCAGUUCAUCAAGUUCUGGAAGGAGAUUUACGGUAACGAUGACGACGAGGAGGAGUCCGUGGUUGACGGGAUUGCUGGGUUCGACAACGGUCUGCGCAAGCUGAUUGUCGGCGACAUCACGGGCACGUACCAGACGAUCCCGGCAAAGUCCAUUGAGGCUAUGGUCAACCUGGACGAGGAGGCGGUGCUGCGCCUGGCCAAGGAGAACUCAUGGGCGGUCGACGCGCAGGGCGUCGUGUCGCUGCCGCUGAAGACGGCCACCGAGGCCAAGACGACGGUCAUCAAGGAGAACGUCAAGUUCGAGCAGCUGACCAAGAUCCUCAGCGCGUCGAACGACAUUUAGAGAGGGU